AUGCAGAAAAAAAAACGAACGCUCCAUCUCACCCCAACCAUCUAUAAACUCUUCCAGCUCACCAUCGCAAAUGGGAAAGAAGCGAUAGAUGCUCAUCAACAUCAUCAUAUGGGCGACUUUCCGACGUCCAGAACUUUGCUAACUGUAGAGAAGGGAGGAGGGAAAUCAUUCUCCGUUCCUGUUGAAGCAUAUUCUUCCAGCAAACGCGCGGUUAUCGUUCCGAACAUGUUGCAUAUCUCAACGUGGCACAUCCCGCGGCAACGUUGUCCACUUUCCUGGCGUUCGCUGAUCUUUACUCGCUCCGAUCUGUCGAUACUGGAGCGAUUCCCUGAACCUCCUCCCCCGCAAACUGUAUCCGCUAGACGCCGUAGAUGUCGUUCAAGUCAAGCGAUGCGAGAACGAGAACGAGAUGACGAUUUCCGUGUGCAUCACGUCAAAGUUGGGACGGCCAGCAUCCGGAAGGACCGUGAAAGAAGUGAUAAUUGCAGUCGUUCAAACAGCCCGCUGGACGAGCUGAACCAUCAGGCGCCACCAUCAUCCGUUAGAGGUGACGGAGGUCAUUCCAGGCCGUCGUCCCUACGAAAUCGUGAAAAGAUGUCACCGUUGUCGCUGCCGACCGGCACCGGAUCACCGGUUUCGAACUCAGCAGCAGCAGCAGCCGCAGCCGCCGCCGCUGCCGCUCAAGUGCAUCAUUUGAAUGGAACUAUGCAAGACAUGUUGAAUCUACAGAAACUACAGAGCUUAGCACAGCUAACAAGUGGAGCAGCCGCGGCCAGUGUCCUUCCCGGAUUGGGCCUGCCAACGGGUGGACUUCCGUCGGCUCUGCUGAACAAUUCGCCGCUGAAUCUAAGUCUCGGAUCGCAAGGCCACUCUCCUGUGAUGGGAGCACUGGCAGCCGCGACUGCUCCUCAACCUCUUCCUCCUGCUCCUGCCAAUACGAUGCCACAGUUGAUUCUGGCCUCGGGACAGAUCGUCCAAGGCAUCCAAGUAGCCCAACUUUUGAUUCCCACUUCGCAAGGAAUUGCCACCCAAACCAUUCUGACGAUACCCGUGGGGCAACAGGUGAUUUCGAACAUGAGCAGCGAGAAUUUAUUGCAGUGUUUAAAUUUUAAUACUGUUGCGAGUGCGGCGGCAAACGCGGCCAGUUUCGGGGAUCUGUUGAAUCAAUCGGCCGGCCAUCACCCCCACCAUCAUCACCAUCAUCAUCAUGCGGCCACGGUUGGGAGUGCGGCAUUUGCGGCUGCUGCUGCGGCGGCCGCGGCUGUGAAUGCAACCCGUGAAUCUCCGGUCACUGUCAACAGCGCCAUCAAUAGUACCGCCAGCAGUCUACUGACGAACCCCUUGGCACUGGCCGCAGCCGCCGUGGCCAACAGCAAUCAUCAUCAUCAGCAGCAGCAGCAUCAUCAUGGCCACCAUCCCUCCGCCUCCGCCAUUGCCGCCCACCAGUUGCACCAGCACCAGCAACAACAACAACAUCAGCAAACCCAACAGGCCAAACAUCUUCACUUUGGAUCACCCUCCACCGCCAUCAGUGGACUUUCCUCACCGAUUCCACCUUGUUCAGGAGGCGGCCAUCUGCCACCGACAUCUUCCUCUUCGAACAUCAGCAACAGCAACAGCAUAGAAAAGUUCAAACUAUCCCACGAAAAGGCACCUUCCUCGGGCCGAUCGACUCCGGAAAUGGUGCGAAUAAAGCUCGAAUCUCCCAAGGUGCCAUCGCCAAUCUCGCUGAUUCCGUCAAGACCGCCGAGUGGAAACUUUGGCUCGUCUCCGUCCGUCUUCGACAAGAGAACCCAUUCGCCAAGUGUUUCCUCCGGUGAAAUUGGUUCUUCGGGAAAUACCACCAUCAAUAGCAGCAACAGUGGCAUCGGGUCCAGCAACGGAGGAGCAUCGACCACCACAGUUGGGCAGAUCCAUGUUAGCAAGAAUCUCACCAGCCCGCAUCAUUCGCCGGCGGAAUCUGCUAUCAGUAGAAUUACAACGUCCAACGGUGAAAUCACUGUAACCAAAUCUCAAGCACCACAAACUCCACCCCUACCAGUACAAAACAAAAAUCAUCCCGUGUCGAUGCAUUUCAAUCCAUCCAUCUCUCCGCAACCAUCCUCAAUGGGCAUCGGAAGCCAUCAUCAUCAUCAGCAUCAUCAACAACAGCAUCAGCAGCAGCAUCAUCAUCAUCAAUCGGGACGCUCCCCCCACCACCAUGGUAGCUCAACGACGCCAUCAGCCACGGCAACUUCAUCCUCGGCCAGCAGCUCCGGAGUGGGGGUGGAUUUGCAUCUGCAAUCAUUAUCCAGCAGCAGCAACAGCAAGGAGCAGCAACAACAGAAACCGUCCACCUCUUCUUCGAUGAUGAGGAGCACCUCGACGCCCGGUGUCAUAUCCCUCACGUUGGACGAUGUGAUGGAUUCGAAAAUUUCCACCCACUCGCUGGGCGGUUCAUCGGCUUCUUCUUCUUCUGCGCUGUCACUGUCCAAGCGUCACCGAAGUCUGACGCCCCCGCCACGUGCCAAACUGAGUCCUGAUGGGUCCGGAUCUAUUCAACUGUCCCAAGAUGAUGACGACGGUGAAGACGUCGAGGAUGGAGACGAGGAUAACAGCUCUGGCCAUCAUAACAAUAACAACAACAACGACCUGGAAGACUCUCCAAACGAGCUGACGAUCAACCAGACAAACUGCAACGUGGUCGACGGAAUCGAUCUGGACGACAUCAAAGAGUUCGCCAAAGCGUUCAAGCUACGCCGUCUUUCGCUGGGACUCACCCAAACCCAGGUCGGCCAAGCCUUGUCUGUCACCGAGGGACCAGCCUACAGCCAGAGCGCCAUCUGCAGUGCCCUCGCCGCUCAAAUGUACUGUGCAGCCCAACUUUCGUCCCAGCAGCAGCAAAUGUUUGAAAAGUUAGAUAUAACUCCAAAAAGUGCCCAAAAAAUUAAACCCGUCCUGGAGCGCUGGAUGAAGGAGGCUGAAGAGAGUCACUCGUCCCGGUUCAAGUCGAACCAGAAUCACUUGACAGACUUCAUCGGUGUGGAGCCAUCGAAAAAGCGCAAACGACGAACCUCCUUUACGCCACAAGCGCUGGAACUGUUGAAUGGUCACUUCGAGCGAAAUACACAUCCGUCGGGAACGGAAAUCACCGGUCUGGCACAUCAGCUCGGAUACGAACGCGAAGUGAUCCGAAUCUGGUUCUGCAACAAGCGACAAGCCCUCAAAAACACAGUCCGAAUGAUGUCGAAAAACUUCAAGAUGGAAAGCUCUUAAGCUGGAUCCGUUUUCGUUUACGUAUUGCUUUAAGUUCAACAAAAUAGAGACAACAAUCGAUUUGUGUCAUUCUACAGUUGUUAUAUUUUGGAUUUCUCCAGCAGCGCUAGUGCUUACAUAUACAUAAUACAAAACGUUUAGUCAAUUUGAGAACUUGCUCCACACGAAAGCAUUUGUUUUGUUUGUUUAGGUUUUAGAAGAUCUUAUUUCGAAUAAAUGAUUACAACAAACUUUUGAUUCAUCAUAAACGAGUGUCAUUUAAGUUAAGUAUUUUCAUUUAGUGAAUAGGUUAAAAACAAGCAACCAAAGUUCCUACAAAUUAGUUUUAAGAAUUGGUAUAUUGAUAUCGACGAUGCUAAUACUAUUAGGAUUUAUUGUACGAAAAGCAAAGAAUCGUUCACUGCAUCCUCCAGAAUAUGAUGAGCAAAAAACAUUCUUUCUGUUUUAAUCGUGAUGUGCCAAAGAAGCUGCAUUUAAAUACAAAUUUGUGCCAUAAUUUGAUUUCGUCAUGACAAACCCAGUCAAUAAUUCGAUAAUGUGAAAUUUACAUAAUGAAAUCUGCUUAACAUUUACGAAAGUCCAUUAUAAUUUCAAUAAAGGAUGUAGUGAAGAACAAAAAAUUAAACCAAUUAUGAGAUGCAUUUGUAAAAAAAAACAAAUUCUUAAAGAAAAAAAAAACGACCCAUAGAAAUAAAACCAAUUUAUAAAUUGAUGUAAAUCAAAUCUAAAAAAAAAAUUAAAUUGUUUGGAAUAUUUCAUUUCAAAAUGAUUCAAUUUCAUAUUACAGACCAGUUAAAAAUUCGAAAUUACCAGUUCGAUUACAGUUACUGAUAAUGAAAUGAAUUAAAAAAAAUGUAAUGUUCCAGAAACAGUUAAAAAAAUCCAGCAAAAAUGUAGAUAGUUUGGAUGCAAGAUGUUUAGCAGAAGCUCGCGGCCAUGACACGGUUCAAUUGAUAUAUUUUGUCCAACAAGUAAAACUUAAGAGAAUUUCAUGUGUACCAUAGACAACAGACUAACCAUUCGCUGACACAUGCCUCAUAGAAAGAAAACCAGUAGCAGUAAAGAUGAUAAGUGUUUAGAAAGUAUUUAGUCGAGUACUUGAAGAGAGAAAGCAUACUUUUAUGUGAUAUGUACGAUAAAUUCUGCACACAAAUUAAUAUGAUGAGGUGAACCCAUAAACACUCACACAAAUACACACAAACACACACGCAAACUUAAAUAGAACAGAAAUGAACAUAAAAACAAUUACUAACAAUUUCGAAGUAUCACGGGGACGUAGUGCACGAUUGAAUAGUAGAGUGUAUCGAUUGUUCGGUUGGUUUCGAACUGAUCGACAUCAAUUUCGUGGUAAAUAUUAUAUAGAUAUCUAGCUGUAUGGAAUAAUA